AUGGAGGAUUCUUGCACAGAAAAGGAGCUGCCUAGGAAAGUUGUCUGGGUGACUGGUGCCUCCAGCGGAAUUGGAGAAGAGUUGGCCUACCAGCUGGCCAAGAUUGGCUCAUGGCUUGUGUUGUCAGCAAGAAGAGAAAACGAAUUGGAGAGGGUGAAAAAGAAGUGCCUUGAGAUCAGCAGCCUAAGUGAUAAAGAUAUCCUCAUUUUGCCACUUGAUUUGACUGACAGGGGAUCCCAUGAAUCAGCCACAAAGACUGUCCUUCAGCAUUUUGGGCGGAUUGACAUUUUGGUGAACAACGGUGGACGUUCUCAGCGUUCUCUUUUCAUAGAUACAAGUGUUAAUGUAUAUAAUGCUAUAAUGGAACUCAACUAUCUGGGCACUAUCUCCUUAACUAAAUUUGUCCUGGACCACAUGAUCCAAAGGAAGCAGGGAAAGAUUGUCACGAUGAGCAGCAUCAUGGGUGUCAUGGGAGCUCCCUUAGCAACUGGCUAUUGUGCCAGCAAACAUGCUUUGCAGGGCUUCUUUAACUCUCUUCGGCCUGAGCUUACUGAUUAUCCUGAGAUAAGUAUUAUUAAUAUCUGUCCAGGGCCUGUCCAGUCACAGAUCAUCCAAAAUGUCUUUACUGAAGAAAUUUCAAAGGUUAAUCAAAACGUUGGGGACCAAUCUCACAAAAUGACAACUCACCGCUGUGCUCGCUUAACCCUGGUUAGCAUAGCUAAUGAUGUGAAGGAAGCCUGGGUCAGUGACCAUCCCUACUUGGCAAUUUGUUACACGUGGCAAUAUUUUCCCACUUGGGCAUGGUGGCUAUUGAACCGCAUGGGAAAGAAGCGGAUAAAGAACUUCAAGAGUGGAGUGGAUGCUGAUGUUUCUUAUUACAAAAAGUCUUCAUAAGGAAAAGGAGCAGCCAAACAUUCCUUCAAACAUGAACCAGCAUAAG